UCUCCAGCUUUUGCAAUCUUUGCAUUUGCAACAUGUGGUGGCUACUCUGGAGGCCUGCGGCUGAGCGUGGACUGCGUCAACAAGACAGAAAGUAACCUGAGCAUUGACAUAGCGUUUGCCUAUCCAUUCAGGUUGUACCAGGUGGCAUUUGAGGUGCCUACUUGUGAGGGAAAGACACGGCAGAAGCUGGCGUUGAUUGGCGACUCCUCAUCUUCAGCAGAGUUCUUCGUCACCGUGGCUGUGUUCGCCUUCCUCUACUCUCUGGCCGCCACCGUUGUUUACAUUUUCUUCCAGAACAAGUACCGAGAAAACAACCGGGGCCCACUCAUAGACUUCAUCGUCACCGUAGUCUUUUCCUUCCUGUGGUUGGUGGGUUCAUCUGCUUGGGCGAAAGGACUAUCUGAUGUCAAAGUUGCAACAGACCCCAAGGAAGUCUUAUUACUGAUGUCAGCUUGCAAACAGCCAUCCAACAAAUGCAUGGCUGUCCACAGCCCUGUCAUGUCCAGCCUCAACACUUCCGUGGUCUUUGGAUUCUUGAACUUCAUCCUCUGGGCUGGAAACAUAUGGUUUGUUUUCAAGGAGACUGGCUGGCAUUCCUCUGGACAGCGGUAUCUUUCCGACCCCAUGGAGAAACACUCCAGCAGCUAUAGUCAGGGUGGUUACAACCAAGAUAGCUAUGGGUCAAGUGGUGGGUAUAGCCAGCAGGCCAGGUUGGAGCCAUCCUCAGAGGAGUUUGGCCAGCAGCCUAGUGGUCCUACUUCCUUUACUAAUCAGAUUUAAAAGAGCAGCAUUUGUAUUCUUCUGGAGAUAGCCUCACCACUUUCCAUUUUAGUGGCAGAAGAAUUUUUUAUGAGUUUCGAUCAAUUAUUAAUGCAGAGAGUGUGGAAUGUAAAUCAGAGAGCUGUGGUCCUCAUUAAGGCAGAAAGGCCUGGGUCGUGAUAAAUGGUACUUAGAGGUGAGACUACAUAAGGAAAUAUAUUAUUAAUCAUAGACAGCUAAUUGGAGAGAAUACCUUGUUAUAUACACAGAUACUUUUAUGUCAUUUUGUAUGUGUGUAGAGAUAGUAAGAGCAUUUUGUAGCUUCAAGUCUCUAGUAUGUAAUAUGCAUAAAGUAAAUUAAAUAGCACUGAGUUUUCCUAUGCAUUUUGAUGCAAAAGAUGUUUUAAGGAUUCCUAAAAGACAAUUUGGUGUAUCACAACAUGCAUGCAUUAUUUUUUAGUUUUAGGCCUUGUAGGAUUGUGCAUCUCUAAAUAUUUGUUUCAGACAAUUACUCUGUGUUUUUUACUUGAUCAAUCAGUGCUUAAAUGAUUUAAUGCAUGAAUAAGCGUUUUCUCACACAAUGAACAUUUCAACUGUAUUUAUUAAAAUUUUCCAGUCUGCACCCUGAAUUUGUUAAAUGAAUGUUUAAAGUAAACAGAUUCACUACUUUAUAUACUUUACGAGUUGUCUCUUUGGCUUUACCAAGUUUCUGAAUGCAUUGUAACUAAGGUUUCGGGGAUAUUGUCCUAUUAGUAGAUAUACAGUGAAAUAUAUAUAUAUAUAGUAAUUGCCCAGUAUCUAUCCUAUUUACUUAACUAAAUAUUUACAUUCUUUUAACUUUCUAUGGUGUUUUGUGACUUUUAUUCUGUGGACCAUAAAAUUUAAGACCCAGUAAUUGUUUGUGUUUAUGUAGAAUAAUGGAGAUGCAGAUACAGAUACUGUGGUCAAGAAUUGCUAUGAGGAUAAAAUAAAAUUAAAAAUAAAUUAAUUAAUU